GCUAGUAAUUGUCGACUGGAUCACGAAAUACGUCAUCGCUCACCCGAUGCGAGCCGCUGAUUCGAGCAAGAUGGUCGAGUUUUUGGAAGAAAAGGUGUUCCUCAAGUUCUCCAGACCAAGGAUUAUUUUAUCAGAUAACGGCAAGCAGUUCGAGUCGCAGGUGUUUCGGGCGCUGCUAAGCCGUCACAACAUCAUCCACAUGAAGACCGCUUUCUACGCACCGCAGGUCAACAACGCCGAGCGAGUGAACAGAGUUCUUAUCACUUGUGUUCGAUCGUUGUUGGAGGAAGAUCAUCGAGAGUGGGACAAGAACCUGGCCGCCAUCACCGCAGCUAUCAACAGUGCGAAGCACGAAUCAACCGGAGUCAGCCCGCACUUCGCCAACUUCGGCAGGGAACUUCUGUUGCACACGGACCUCUACACUCUGCAGGACUUAAACGUGUCGGACGAUCCAAAGGUCGCGCAGGAGAUGCGGCUAUCCACGAUCAACAGGAUUCACAAAUUCAUCCAACAGCGGAUCAAGAAGACCCACGAGAAGACAAAGAAGCGCUACGAUCUACAAAAGCGGACUGUGUCCUUUCAACCGGGCGAGCUAGUAUGGCGCCGCUCGUUUGUUCUUUCUUCGAAGGCGGACCAUAUCAACAAGAAACUGGACCCCAAAUUUAUUCCAGCUAUCGUUAAAGAAAAGCUGGGAGCCAAUCUCUACACUCUGGAGGAUGUCGUCACCGGAAAGCGAGGUCGCUACCACGUGAAGGACAUCAAACCAGACUAAGGUAUUCAAGCUAUGUAAGCAACAACGCAGACCACAAGCUCACUCGGAGCACAAAACACGAAAUGGAGAAGGCUGAAGGACCAACAUCAUCUUUGAAACCUCGCCCCCAACAACUCGGAGUGAAUUAUGCAGAACUCUUCCAUACGAACAACUCAAUGAAGCACAGCUGAUGCUAAUUCGUCGCUAGGACACCGACGAACACAACGAAGUAGGCGUUUAUGAAGGAGACAACGUCCUUGCGCGGGACCAGCGUCGGCUGAAUGGACUCUGAGAACUCUGCCAGGAAGUUCGUCAGAAUUUGGAGAGGGCUGGCAACCUUGCGUGGGAUUGCUGCCACUCAUUGUCCGGAAUGCAAUCCUGUCAUUUGAAGCAGCGUAGCAGCGCUGGGGAUAGUAGCACUGGUGAGCCACCGUAGCCAGGCGCUACACACCAUCGCAGAGAACCCAUCCAGGUUCGGGAUAUUGGAAUGUUCGGAAAGUCAAGUACAGCAGCUCCAAACACCACGUCGCUGCAAUUGAAAGGAUUGUCAGGACAUCAAGAAGAGGAUUCAGCACCAUAGAAUACAGUUAUGCGAAGAAGUUGUGAGGAGUAGACAUCAUGACGGCCGCUACUACCAUAUCGACUCUCUCUCGCCAACUGUCAAAAGCCACACGCCCAUAAUCCAGCUAUGACCGCUACCCAAGGUAGUCAACAAGAGCCUAACGAGGUCAAAACACGCCAGUCGUUACUACCACAAACAGGAGAUCAUCCACCAACCCCAAAAAUCUCCGAAUCAAUACAAAAACCCUUCAGCUAUGACCACAGCCAAAGCCUGUCAACCAAGCGCAACAGCGCAGGAAAUACCGUUAGGCCGAUCGGGAAAAAUCGUGCAUCUGGAAAACGCAGUGAGCAAUAUCUCUUAUCUACCUCCUCGUGAGUACAGUAACAAGUCUAGCUAUGUCCGCUACCCAAGGUUGCCAACAAAAGCAUCGCCGAUGCGAAAAACACGUUCAUCGUCAGCACCACAACCAUCUGCUUUGCUCGACGACUCCGGAAGAAGGGCCCGUCUGAGGGAGCUCAUUCGCAGCAGCAGCAACAUCCGAUUUUGUCCCGCAAACACGAACCCUGCUUAUUCAGCACAGCAUCAACAGGACGAAUCAGGACAACGCCCAGGGUAGCUUGAAAGAGGUUGCAAGAUUCCUGCUGACUUUCUCCUAGUCCGGAGGACCAUAGCUGACCAGGCUUCCCAGAAAUAAGAAAACCGAACAAGUACAUCCACAAGGAACUCCCGAUUAAGACCUAAGACCUCCCGAUUAAGACUACCCGAUCAAGACUACCCGAUCAAGACUACCAGAUCAAGACCAUCUUCAAUCAACCAUGACAACUCCCGAUUAAGACUUCCCGAUCAAGACUAUCUUCAACCAACCAUGUCAACUCCCGAUUAAGACUUCCCGAUCAAGAACAUCUUCAACCAACCAUGUCAACUCCCGAUUACGACUUCCCGAUCUAGACGAAAUUCUCAAAAGCUAUCUACCAACUUUGUCAAGACCACAAGCUAUGAGAUCACCAUCUACCACGGGCCACACCCCAAAAUACGCGCAGCGGAACCACAAUUACCCUCGCCUGAAAUGGUGUCGACAGUUCAACUGUCCGAUUCAGACUUGACCACAAAUCACCAACCUCAUAUAAUGAUACAUAAUGGAUCAUGCACAGUUGUCAAGGGGGUUGCCAAGGAAAUAUCAAAAGGAACGCGAUCUGGAGGCGCGGUAUAACCUCUAUUCCGGGCCCUUGGUAAUUAAGAGGAUUAAAUCCCUCUUUUCCUUAGACUUCUGUUGCUUUUAGUAUAAACCAGUUUAGUUCCCACCUAAAUUUCGUUUGUUAAGUUCUAUUUGUAAGAUCUAGGUUAUUAUCUCUAUCAAUAACCAUUUGAUUUUGGAUUUUCGUAUGCUGCUGAGGUGGAUGUUAUUAAGUGGAUUGUUUUAAGGAUUCGAAGGAGUUUCUUUCUGCCAGAUAUACUGGUAAUUAUCGACACAUUUGCCAUAACUCGUUGGCUUUGAUUUUGUUAUAGAUUUUGCCAAGACUCGUUGGCGUAGAGAUCUAGUUUAUUGAUUCGUCUUUAGUUUUGAAGAAACUCACCACUGCAGGGUGACAUAAGUGCGAGGUUUUCUCGGCACAGCCGUCGAUUUGCAUAUCUCCUUCGAAUUCCUAGUGGCGUGAUUAUGAAUUUUUCAUGGAUCCUUGUCAUGAUCCAUGAAAAAUUCUACCAAAGCAGCAAUGUUGUGUUGCAUUUGACUUUUUCUGUAACAACAAAUCUGUUAAUUUGAUACGAUUCUAGCGAUCUGGCAACAUUUUUCAAUAAGAACCCAUCCUUCCUCAACAUUUUAUUAGCGUGCAUCGGAUAAGCAGGAAAAAUCCCUGACUGGAAAAACAAUCAUCGAAAGUAUCUGCUCGACGAGCCGAAAUCUUACGGAAUCGGACCACAUUCGGAUGGAAUUUCCGACUGGGCAUUGUUUUGCCUUUUUGAUAUGAAAAAGUUGGCAGCAAUCUCAACGGAAAAGUUUGACAAGACGUCAUUCAAAGUUCCGGUGAAAAAGGUGGUGGACGCUGCGCGAAGAGUUUCGCAAUAAAUUUAAAAAGUGGCCAGUUAAAAGUGUGGGCCGUCUUCAAAGUCCCAAAAAGGGGAACUCGGUGCUCCACGGAGUCAAGAGGCAUCCCGGCUGGAAAUCCGACCAAAAGCGGCUAGGCUAGUAGCUCAGGACAACGAGACGGGUCAAUAGAAAGGCCAAACGACCACACAGUCUCCGAAUACUAAAGCCAAGCGCUCGUCCGGGUCGCAGCCACGUUCUGCAAAAUCGAGAUAACGGAGAAGGGGUCGGAAAUCCGUAAGUACCCAAGCAAGAUCGAAAGAAUUCCAGCAGGAAAAACUAAUGAGAUGGUUUGUCCCCAGGACCCCUUUUUUCCUUUUUGGCAAAUUCUUCUUCUUUUGGCCAACUCUACAGGGCCUAGCAGGUGGUAAAG